GCGCUGAUGUCAUCGGGCGGCGCCGGCGGCGGUGGCGGCGGACAAGAUGGCGGCGCGCGGCGAGGACCGGGAGGCUCCGGAGGCGCCUUCGCCGCCCCCGCCGGGCCCGGGCGGCGGCGUCAACGUGUUCGCCAACGACGGCAGCUUCCUGGAGCUCUUCAAGCGCAAGAUGGAGGCGGAGGAGCAGCAGCGGGAGCGCGAGGCGGCGGCGGCGGCCGCGGAGGCCUCCGGCGGCGGCGGCGGUACCGGGGUCGGCCCGCAGCGCGGCGGGGCCGACGGAGCGAAGAGGAGCGGCGGCGCGCUCAGCUUCGUGGGGCGGCGGCGGGGGGGCAACAAGCUGGCCCUGAAAACGGGAGUGGUGGCCAAGAAGCAGAAAACGGACGAGGAGGUGGGGCCGGGGUCCCGG